CUCCUCAUGCCUUGAAUGUUCAAACAAGCAGAUAUCAUCUAGUAAUGGCGACGGGUGAGUACAGUGCGAGUGCUCUGCAAAGCACCAGAUCAAGGAUGCUUGGCUGGAGCACGUGGGCUGCCUCUAAGGAACACCCAAGAUUAUCUCACCGAGAGCUUCAGCUCUAGUCUCUCAUCCCUUAUUUACAUUGACAAAACAGUACUUAAUUCAGUACUCUUUGAUAUUUUCGAGCUCCCAUGUCUUAAAGUCGCUCAUUACUUUAUUCUGCGUCGCUCUAAUCAUUCGUGUUUUUUUCUUGUUUUUGGAUAUAUCAAAAGCGCUCUGACCUAUGCGCCUCAAUGCGCAACCACAUGUAAAAGUGAUCACUGGGUAAUCUUGUGGCGCGCGCGCGAACAAAAGUCAUAAUGAAAUCAAACAUCGCAAGGCUUUGCGCAAAUGCGCGAACCAGUCGCCUGUACAUUGGUGGAGGCCGAAGUCCAAACAGCAUCAACAUUGUUCGACAUGCCUCACUACUCGGCCCGAUGGGCAACUUCCCAGGUCAGGACCAAGAUGAAGAGGAUGGAGAAGUCAAGGCGAAUUCAAAGCGGUCCCAAAGGCAACAGCAGUCGCCCUUCGGUCAAACGGCCGCCAAAGUCUUCGAGUCCGCCGCAACCACGUUCGCUUCCAUUAUCAUCCUCGGGCUCGCAGGCUAUUCCUAUCACAUAUACUACAAGUCUCUCGUGCUACGCAAAAUGGAAGAAGCCUUCACUCCGGGCGACCCCAUGCUGGACCUUGCCACGCCUCCUUCAGCUCCUGUUUCUCCUGAAGACCAGUCCGAAGAAGAUUCUGAUCACUGGGUGGAGAGGCCUGAGCAGACCAGGAUCGAUAGAAUCAUCAAUGGCGAGUCCAAAGGCCGCUACUAUCUGCUGGUGGGCGAGAAGGGCACGGGAAAGUCAUCCAUGAUCCUUGAAGCCAUGCGUAAGACGAAUGGCGACGGGGUCUCCAUGUUCGAAGCCCACUCAGACCCAGAGAUCUUUCGCAUCCGCCUGGGCAAGGCCCUCAACUACGAUUACCACGAAGACUAUAUCGGGUCUCUGUUCUCAAUAAGAGGCCCACGUGAUACGACGGCUAUCUUGGACAUCGAGCGAGCAUUUAACAAGCUUGAGAAGAUCGCCUUGUGCCACCGAGAUGGUUCUCGCCUGAAGACCACUCGCAAAGGCCCGCUUGUGCUCGUGGUCAACAGUGCUCACCUGAUAAGAAACGAUGAGGAUGGCAAUGAUCUGAUAGAGCUCAUGCAACAGCGCGCGGAGCAGUGGGCAGCAGCGAAUCUCAUCACCAUGGUGUUCAACUCCGACGAUUAUUGGGUCUAUGAACGACUGAAGCGCUUUGCUACGAGAAUGGAGGUUAUUCAGAUCUUCGAUUUACCCAAACGCCUUGCCAUCGCCGCACUGGAUGCUUAUCGAGCGAAAUACUUCCCCGAACAGAAGCGUGAUCCCGAGAUUCUCAGGCAAGUGUAUGAAUUGGUCGGGGGCCGCUUGAACUUCCUCAGCCGGGUUGCCAAAUCCACCGACAUGAUGAACAUGUGUCACCAAAUCAACCAGGCCGAAAAGACGUGGUUCCUCAACCAGUGCGGCAUCUUGGGAGAAGAUAUGGAUGACGAUGUGAUGGACCAGCAAAAGUACGCCAGUGCCGCCAUGGUCCUGGCGAGAGCGCUCGUCGAGAAACAGGAGAAGAUGGAGUCGAGCUAUAACGAUGAUAUUGGGCAUAUCUUGCCGCAAAUUCCACUAUACAUUGCUCGACAAAUUAUGACUAGGGCCGAUUUCAUCCAGAGUUACGACCAUGAUAACAUCUUUACGAUUGACAGCACCGCAAUGGUGCGCGCGGAUAGUGUCCCGAUGAUGAACGCUUUCAAAGAAAUUUGCGCUGAAGAGGGAUUUGAUGACUAUCUCGAGGCUACUCUUGAUCGCAUCUCGGCCAUUGAGAGCCUCAACAGAACCAAGGAGCUCUCAUUCAAAGAUCUAUGGAUAGAACAAAAGGGAGAACAAAGAGGGAAAUACGUAUUUGUCAACAAGGACAACAAGGGUCGUGAGAUUGGUACGACUGAAAUGCGGGUACAGCCUGAUAAAACGCCUGAAGAAGAUGAUUAAGAAUACUACUAUCGAGACAAUAUCUUACCGUGUGCUUACAACAUAAAUACCCACCGGAGUCUUCCCUCAAGGUCGUCGUCCUAAACAAACCGCGCAUUGUCGAAUCAUUCUGGUUGGCAAGGGCGGAAUGCCACCACAUCGAGUUGCAAAGGCGCCUUGCAAGGAUCUGCAUGCCCAACCACAGCCUGGACAGUAGUUUCUUACGCGCUCAUCUGGCUUGUGCAAGAUCCAUCUGUGCAAUACUGAACUGUCUGUGUGGAUGCUGCGAGGUUCUAGCACUCCAUUGACUUCCAUACGCUGAAGGUUCGAUCGAGCUUGCAUCGUUUGUAACUGGUAUUGAUCACCCCUACAAAGCGAGCACUGCCAUCCAGUGCAAGAUUGAUGGAAAGCAGUAUUGGGCUGUCCAAGGCCACACAAGCAGGGUGCGAGACUUGAGCGAAUACUUUUGUUGCUGCUACAAAGUUUGCAGUAGUAGAGCUCAGUUGCAGGAUCUUGGUAGCGAUCAUAGUGCUGCUGGGAUUCCACAACACAGGUGCCGCAUACAAAUUUCUUGCACCCGGAGAAAAUGGCUUUAUACUUGCUCGUGCAAGGACGGAUCGAGACCUGGGUCGAGGGUUGUUUGCAGUCACCACAUUUGGUCUCCGCGAGGCCUGAGAAAUAUGGAUCUAGUGCCUCUGGGUAAGGCCGCUUGUGUGGGAAUGGUUUCCACAAAUCAGCAACUGCAUGAGAAGUCAGUCUCAGUCUUGUAUAGUCAAAUUCCGAUAAUCCGCCAACCUCUCUCAACCCGUCUCGAAAUGGGGGAAUGUGAACAAACAAACUGGUGAACUUGGCCUGGAACUUGGAAAAUAUGGGUGUCUGCGGUGCUUUUGACUUGUCGGAAGUCGUCGAAUACUCUGCGAGGGUGUGAGCGGCGAGAACCAAACAAGGGCGCUUACCGGCAGCUUCCUCGGUACAAAUUGAGUCACAGAGCUUUCUCUUCUGUAGCUCCAUCUUGUUGCUGGGUUGUCUAGAAAUUUCUACUGUCAAACCCACUUGCCGGCCGAGCACUCACCUUUAUGAGAAGUAGUCGGUCCACCAGGACAAUGAGCAUUACCCAUCAACCUGGACAACAACGAUCUUGAGACAAACCAUCAUUGUACUCUUUGGCAUUUGUGUUCUUCGCCCUUUGAGCAUGUUGGUUUGACCUUGUCAGAUGUAUUGGUGCAAGCGUAACCAACGAUUUUUGUUGCAAUGUAGCCAACAAUGACCUGAACUGCUGGAGAAAGGUAGCGUACAUUGUUGUGUACAUAAAGAGAUUGCCAGCACUGUCCAGUAUACCUCGGCUGGCUUUUGAAUGGUGUCCUAUGGGUUUAUGUAGAGCAUCGCUUUUUGCGCUUUAGGUGCAGUGGUAUAGCUUUUCGUGGAUACAGUAGAU